AUGUCAUCUGACUUUACCGAUUAUUCUAUUAAAAAUUAUUACUCCAUUCGAAAAAAUAAUCCAUUACUUCCUUCUUCAAUAAGAGCUUGCAUCAUAGGAAAAUCAGGAUGUGAUAGUUUAGAUGAUAUUCCUGAUCCAAGUUCUAUUGAUCCUAAUAAAAAGACUCUAAUAAUAUUUGAUGACUUGAUGUUGGAGAAACAAAAUAAAAUAGAACAGUACUACACUAGAGGUAGACAUAAUAACAUUGAUUGUUUUUACAUUUCUCAAAACUAUAUUAAACUGCCUAAGAAUACUAUCAGAGAGAAUGCUAAUUUGUUUAUAGUGUUUCCUCAAGACAAGUUAAACUUGGAUUAUAUUUACAGAGAUCAUUGUAGUGAAUUAGAUAAAGAAAGAUUUUUAGAGAUGACCGCAGCAGUUUGGAAAGACAAGUAUUCAUUUCUAACUAUUGAUAAGACUAGUGAAGUAGAUAGUGAAAAGCCAAUCAUAGACAAUCUCUAUAAAGAUAAAGUAAUUAUAGAUGCAGUUUGGUUAAAGGUUGAAGGAACAUCUAGGUUAGAUAAAAUAAUAAAAUACUCCGAAAAAUUUAUGGAUCUAGACGAUGAGGAUACUGAGACUAAAAAAGUUUUUGUAUUAAAGAAUGAUAAUUUUAUUAUCAAAAAAUAUAAAGUUCCCGAGGAUAGAAUUGUAUCCCUCAAAGUUAAAAAUAAGCCAUUGCCCAAAAGAAUGGAACAAUCAAAAUUUGAGACGUUGAAGAAACCCCACACAAAUGGAAACAACAUCAAGAAAGGUGUAAGUGAAUUGACUAUAGAAGAGAAAACAACCCAAAAUAAUGAUGAAACAAAAUUAGAUGAUACAUGGAACCCUAUUACUCAAGAGCAAUUUUUAAGUAUAAACACAGUUUUAAGAGAGGCUAUUAAUAGGGUUGGAGGAGAGGAUUCAAUCAUUUCGUUUUUAAAUAUGAUUUCCUGUUUUACAAAAGAAGAUCUAAAAAUUUUUGGAGAAGACUCGCAAGAAGUUAUUAUCCUCAUCAGACAAAAAAUGCAACAAAUAUUAAAAGCCGUAGGAGUAGACAGAUCAACCAUUCUAUUAGACAUCAUUGGUUUAUCACAUCAGUUUCUUAUAUUUGAACAUAGUGUGUUGAAGGAUAAAUAUGACAUCGUAACCAAUGAGAAUGAGGAAUUGAAGAAAAUUGUAGUAUCAUAUGAACAGAAGGAAGAUAGAGAAGAAGAUAUGAGAAUACUGGAAGCAAAGACCGAAGAAGCAAAAAAGCAGGUACUAGCAUUGAAAAGAGGAAAUAUAACCUACGCCGAUUUAUUUAAAAAAAAGAUUUAA